AUGUUCAGUCUCGUUUUUUGCGAGCCCUACCAGCUAUCCCUCUCACCCCGCCGUCGCGCUCCCUCCCACCCCGCCAUCGCGCCUCGCUCCCUCCUAGCCGCCGUCGCUGCUCCCUCCUAUCCCGCCGCCGCCUCUCCCUCCCCCCGCCGUCGCCCCUCCCUCCUCUCCGCCUCCGCCUCUCCCUCCCCCCGCCGUCGCCCCUCCCUCCUCUCCGCCGUCGCCUCUCGCUCCUCCACGCCGUCGCCUCUCCCUCCUCCCCGCUGUCGCCCCUCCCUCCUCUCCGCCGUCGCCUCUCACUCCUCCCCACCGACGCCUCUCCCUCCCCCCGCCGUCUCCCCUCCCUCCUCUCCGCCGCCGCCUCUCCCUCCCCCCCGCCGUCGCCCCUCCCUCCUCUCCGCCGUCGCCUCUCCCUCCUCCCCGCCGUCGCCUCUCCCUCCCCUCCUCUCCGCCGUCGCCUCUCGCUCCUCCACGCCGCCGCCUCUCCCUACCCCCGCCGUCGCCCCUCCCUCCUCUCCGCCGUCGCCUCUCCCUCCUCCCCGCCGUCGCCUCUCCCUCCCCUCCUCUCCGCCGUCGCCUCUCGCUCCUCCACGCCGUCGCCUCUCCCUCCUCCCCACCGUCGCCUCUCCUUCCCUCCCCACCGUCGCCUCUCCUUCCCUCCCCACCGUCGCCUCUCCUUCCCUCCCCGCCGUCGUCUCUCCUUCCCUCCCCGCCGUCGCCUCUCCUUCCCUCCCCGCCGUCGUCUCUCCUUCCCUCCCCGCCGUCGCCUCUCCUUCCCUCCCCGCCGUCGUCUCUCCUUCCCUCCCCGCCGUCGUCUCUCCUUCCCUCCCCCCCGUCGUCUCUCCUUCCCUCCCCGCCGUCGUCUCUCCUUCCCUCCCCGCCAUCGCCUCCGGCAACAGGUGCACGAGCGCAAACGCGGGUUGGUGUGCGGAGCGCGGGUAG